GCUCGCGGAUUCCCAAGGACUCUCCUGCCAUCGAGUGGUCGCCGGCCCCGUGCGGAGUAAUUCAAUCAGUAUCGAUCGGAGAUGAGGAAGGCGACUCUGUUAGCCGUCGUAACGAUUUUGCUGUCGGCGACGGCACGCGAUGCCGCGGCUGAACUUUACACCGCCCUGGCGGAUAUGGAGGAGCUGCUCGAAACGGAAGCCGUGCUGAUCGACACGUUAAACGGAUACAUCACGGCGCAAGAGCAACGACUGGCGACUCUGAAAAGGAAUGUGGAAGGUUACGCGAGGGAGCACGAGGAGGCCUCCAGGAACAUUCAGCAGUACCUAUCGAAUCCUAUAAACGCUUAUCUGCUGGUGAAACGGCUGACCACCGACUGGAAAAAGGUCGAGGAGCUGAUAACCGAGGACGUUGGCAAGUCCUUCGUCGCGAACAUCACGAAUUCCAGGAGCGAUCUAAAAUUCCCGACCGACGAGGACCUGAAUGGGGCCGCAGUCGCUUUGAUGAGGCUGCAGGACACGUAUAAGCUCGAGACCGCGCAAGUUGCGAGGGGUGUCCUGAAUGGGGUGCAAUACAGCACCGGAUUGACUGCGAGCGAUUGCUUCGAGCUGGGCCGACAAUCUUAUCACAAUCGCGACUACUAUCACACUGUGCUGUGGAUGCAGGAGGCUAUGGACCGCCUGCAGGAGGAGCAGAACGCCACCACCACCACCUCCAAGCCCGACAUCCUGGAAUACUUGGCGUUUUCGACGUACAUGCAAGGUAACGUCGCUCGCGCUUUGAGCAUGACGAACGAGCUGCUCGAAUUGGUGCCGACACACGAGAGAGCGUUGGGAAACCGCGCGUAUUACCAGAAGGAGAUCCAAAGCAAGGCGAGUCAGUCAAAAAAGAAGCGGGGCGAGGAUGGGAAGGAUGAUACAGCGGUACCCGAGCAGAACUUCACUGUCGCCGAGGAAAGGGUGAAAACGUGGGAGGAAAUGACGGAGAGGGAGAGGUACGAGAUGCUUUGUCGCGGCGAAGUAUCUAUUCCGCCGGAGGUGGAGAAGAAGCUCAAGUGCCGCUACGUCGACCGUGGAAUUCCCUUUCUGAAGAUCGCGCCGUUCAAGGAGGAGGAGGCGUACCUGGAUCCGAGGAUAGUUGUUUAUCACAACGUGAUCUACGACGAGGAGAUCGAGACGAUCAAGCGGAUGGCUCAGCCUAGGUUUAAGCGCGCCACGGUGCAGAAUUACAAGACCGGUGCCUUAGAGAUAGCGAAUUACAGAAUCAGCAAGAGCGCAUGGCUGCAGGAACACGAGCAUAAGCACGUAGCGGCGGUGAGCAAACGCGUGGAGCACAUGACAAGUAUGUCCGUCGAGACGGCCGAGGAACUUCAGGUCGUUAAUUACGGCAUCGGCGGUCACUACGAGCCGCAUUUCGACUUUGCGAGGAAAGAAGAGACGAAUGCGUUCAAGAGCCUCGGGACCGGAAACAGAAUUGCAACGGUUCUGUACUACAUGAGCGACGUCGAGCAGGGAGGCGGUACCGUGUUUACCGCUAUCAACAUAUCGCUUUGGCCGAGGAAGGGUAGUGCGGCGUUUUGGCACAAUCUGAAGCCUAACGGCGAGGGAGACUUCAAAACCAGACACGCGGCCUGCCCGGUACUUACAGGAUCGAAGUGGGUGGCAAACAAAUGGCUGCACGAAAGAGGUCAGGAGUUUCACAGACCGUGCACGUUGGAGAACCAGGCGACGGACGAGGUGGACGUCAGGCACUGAAGGGAGCGUCCCUCGGCAGAAGAAAUAGAUGAGGCGCGAUAAAUAAAAUAGAAGAAGUACCGAGUAAUACUUCGAAAUUCUUGCUCUGAAUAAAGAGACAUUUUAUUCUCGGAAACUCGGCGACUCUCCGUAAGGAAGCGCGCGGUACGAAUUGUACGUUUAAGAACGUGAGUGAGAACGUUUCGGCCCGCGUUGCAAAAAGCGACAGUGCAAUUUAGCAGUAGAUAAGGCAAGCCGCGAGAAACGCGCUACUACUCGCGUUUGCCUGAAAGACUCGUCACCGACGGCGCACACAAUUCGCGUGAACUUAACAUUCGUGCCGCAGACCCAUAUGAUGAUCCUUCUUGUUGGUACACUGUGGAACACGAUCCCUCGCAUUACGACAGCGAUUAAUGUUUCUUCGAGAUAUCCGGCCGCGGGCGAAAACCGGUAAGAACCGAGAGAACUAUCCGAGCGAGAUUAAUCGGCCGCAUUGUUUCCCGUGUGCUUUUUCCCUUUGAAACGGCUACUCCCAUUGAAGCAGAGAUUGCUGCCGCCACCGCCGCGCGAAUCGCGGCAGUUGCGAUUGGAGGAACAAAGUUACAGCAUGCACGGAUCUGCAUGCGUUCCGUUUGUAGUCCGACCCAGCCGAUUGCCUGCAGUUCUUUACCUUGCAAUUCACUUCUCACGGCAAAUAGUAGCGUAGAGUAGUUUGGAGUUAGACGCGUGAAAUGAAGGGCGAGUAUAAAGCGGAAAAAUAGAAGAAAAUAGGUCUCAGCAAUUCUUUCGCUAGAACGAAAUAAUAAAUGAAAGAGAGUAGGAGGGUGGGAAAAAGAGGGAAAAAUCGCAUAGUUGCACCGGUUCGUUGCACGCGGAGUUUUCGCCGUUUUAAACGGGCCUUUCAACGUGGCGAGUACGAGAACUCGCUCCGCCGUUCGCUAAACGUUAAUCAUUUCUACGAGAGAAAUACUACGCUAAUAAGAUAUUAUACACUACGCAUCAUAGCCAAAGCAAUAAUAAAUUGCGCACGUUCUGGCCAGUCUCCCCUUAUCGUAGUACAUGUAUAGUACGAUGUAGAGCAGCGAAGAGCGCGAUGUAACCAUUAGCCCCGUAGAUUAAUUGUAAUUCGAGCGCGAUCGUUAACGCGACCCCAUCCGUAUCUCAAAUCCCGACGUUAUCGUGCAAUAAACGAGAUGACUUGCGCCGAGACUUGCUUCAAGACCGAGAAUCUCCUUUCGCGCGACGGAUCGUUUUCGUCGGCUGUAAAUAGCGGAUGGCACAUUGAUCCUGCAUCAUUCGAUCCUUCCGAUCAGGCUGUAUACGAAUUGUUUGUAUAAAGAUGGACGACAUUGUCCGACGACGACGCUGCGCUCCUUAACGGCGAUGUAGUAUAUAUAUAUAAAGAUAAAUCUUGCACGA